AUGUCGUCAUCGUCAAGCAAUACCUACGCUUCCCACGUGGAAAUCACCUCAUCGUUCGCAGCCAUGCUCAACAAGAACGAGGCUAACGAUUAUUCCUCCUUGGCAACCGAGGAGUCGUGGAUUCCCGUGGCAUGGGGAGAAGCUUCUCAUAAGGACAACGCUUUUGUAUCCUACAUGGGCUCCAAGAAGUAUGCAGAGAAGGUGGCCUGGAGAUUCAUAAAGUCUGAGAAGCCCUCGUUUGGCCUUACCACCGUCAACCCCGGCUGCGUGUUUGGUAGUGGUAUUGCUCUAGACGCGAAGUCUCCCAACUCCACCACUAAUGGGACCAUCAUUCAGGGUCACUUGUCUACCACACCCGGGCAAGAUACGUCCGAGGGUCAGAGCUCAUGUGUCUGCCAUCGCCAGAACCUCGAAAACCAGCGACUUAUGCCGUGUGUCUCCAAAUUGUGCAACCAGGAUUUGCGGGAUACAGUAAACAAAGAGGUUCCCGAUCUCAAGGGCAAGACAAUGAGUAAACCCGAAAGGAGCUAG